GCCUGGUCCGACUAUUGUUCAUUGACGCGCAUAUUCACAUUAAUCCUAAGCCUGCGAUGUAGACGUGGGACAACGCCGCGCGAGGUCCGCAAGCAGUGGACUACCUGACGUAUCCACCAUACUGAGACUCGUCCACAGAAGCAGGAGUAGACAAUGAUCAAGAGGGAUAUAGCAGUGAAGCGGAACAGGAAGGAAAUAAUCACCGCGGACUCGCCUUCGCAACCUUCAAGCGUGUGCAAGUGUCCGAACACCCAGGAACUGACAGAGUUCUCACGUGCGACGCACCCUCGCCCUGGUGGCCUCCACAAUAUCUGAAGUUACUGCAGACAUGAACGCGUGCAAUCUGAAACGCAACGAUGGGCCGUCAAUGCCCGGCGUAUCCAGACCUGGCGCGAGGAACAAGGUAUGUGUAGGAGGACAUCCAUAUAUGGCAAACCUCUCCGUAUGUGUUUUGCAAAAUACAAAGGCCAAAUGGCCUUGCCGCUUUGAGGCAGAGUACAGUACUAGUGUUAGCGCUGAGGUGUUCAAGACUCUAUUCAGGAUAGGAAGUCGCGAC